AUGUCAUACCCUCUCACCGAUCAUCAUCCUCCCUCUUCCUCCUCUUCUUCCUCCUCCUCCAAACCAGAGCGACAACCGCCAUCUCUCACUCCUUAUAGUCGCUCUCCCGCGCUCAAUCCACCUCUCGCGGCCCCCAAACUCCCCAGAUCGGGCCUGAGUCGGGCCGUUCACAGUCUGCUGGGUGCCCCGCAGCCCAGCCCAAGCUCGUCGGGCCGUGGAAGCCUCUUUUCCGCCAGUCGUCUGAGUCUCCGGAACACUGUCGAACCACUCGUCUCAUCACCUCUGCGCAUCAGCUCCUCAAUGGCCUCUGCUCCCAGUUCCCCGGAGCGCUCCAGGCGCGAGACCGAGGAUGCGCCGCGGCGAUCCUUGGAUCACCUGCCCAAUGACCCCGACCGUCCCGCGUCCAUGAGCCAUAUGCUUGAUCUGGACGAAAAGGCAACGUCAAACACGCAACCGAUACAGGGUCCGCCGACUCCUAAGAAACGCAAAGACAAAACCCACGGCCGGGGUACCAUGGCUGCUGUGAUGUUCGGCUUGGAAUCCAAGUUCUUGCCUAAGAGCUUCACCCGUGGACGGGAUUCGAGCCGGGAACCGUCGAGACGCGGCUCGUCACUGGACUCCAGGUCUGAGUCGUCCACUUCUCGUCGUCCAAUGUCUCCCGGUGCCCGGUUCUUCCACGUGGGCUCGUCAAAACCAAGCACAGAUCGGAGCAAGCUGAUCAACAUGGAAGAAGCGCACAAUAAAUCGGAUGAGGCCUUGGCCAAACAUACAAACAUUCUGCCUGAUUAUGUGAAACCCUCCGAGCACGAGGAGUCCGGUGAGCGCUUGGCUAAGGAUGUGUUUGAUCGCGAGAAAAAUAUGAUCGAAAGCAGCGAAGAAGAAGAUGAGGGGAGCUCGAGCGAGGAAGAACACAUCCCCGAGGGUUCAUCGCUGGAAGCAGGCCAAAAGAAAGGCCCCGACCUCAGUGCUAUCACCCAGAGCGCCUUUGAAACCCCCAAGGGCGACAAAACACCUGCUGCCUCUGACGAAGAACAAAAAUCUCCCGGGAGGCCGAUUGAUGAGAAGAAGCCCCGGAAAUCCGCGUUAAAAGCCACCGUUCAUCCGCAGACCAGCUUUGACAUUCAGACUCCGAAUACGCAAUCGGCAGCCAACACCCCUUACGGCUCAGAAGAUGAAGACGAGAUGAUAGACAUCAAGCGAGCUCAGAAGCUCGGCAUUUCCAUGUCCGCCAUUGACAAUCUGGUGCCCAACCGAUCUAUCCGCACGAUCGUCCGUGGAGAUUAUAAUGGUCUGCAAGAGGAGGCCGAUCAUGGCCGCCUCCGCCAACGUAAAUACCUAGUCGCCACAGACCUGAGUGAGGAGUCCGUGUACGCACUGGAAUGGACCAUCGGAACCAUUCUUCGCGACGGUGAUACCAUGUUCGCUCUCUACGUUUUACAUGAAGACUCCAAUAUGUCCUCGGGACAAGUCGGGGAAGGUGCGAAAGCGAUUCAGGACGCGAACGCUGUUGUGCGUACCCAGACGAAAGAAGCGACUCAGAACACGGGCGGAUCGCGCACAAUCCUGGGUCGUCUAGGCCCAGGAUCCACUCCGAGGGGCUCAAUUGACGUGCGAGCCUCGCCCAAAGCGGAGGCAGAGCGAGUCAAGGCUGUUGAGCAAGUGUCUAACACGUGCGUGAAGCUGUUGCGGAAGACUCUCUUGCAGGUUCGCAUCGCCGUGGAGGUUAUCCACUGCAAGAACCCCAAGCUUUUGAUUACUGAAGCCGUGAGUCUCGGGUCUCAUUACUGUAGGAUACAGCCCGCUAAUUACGAUCAGGUUGACGAACUAGAGCCCACCCUCGUCAUUGUCGGUGCUCGAGGCCAGAGUGCUUUGAAGGGUGUCCUUCUCGGUUCCUUCUCGAACUACCUGCUCUCCAAUUCCUCGGUGCCAGUCAUGGUCGCACGUCGCAAACUCAAACGACACCAUUCCAAGGGCCGGAACAAGACCACCGUGCGCCUAUCCAAUAACCUUACCACCCCGAAGAGUCUCAUCGAUGCGAAGGUGGACUGA